AUGGUUGAAGGGGGAGUCUCAAAAGCCGGCAGAACUGAGUUCACGGAGUACUGGCGCACAACAUGGAAGACACCCUACAUCAUGAGAUUGGCCUUAUCCGCUGGAAUUGGAGGUCUCCUCUUUGGUUAUGACACAGGAGUUAUUUCCGGUGCCCUCCUUUACAUUAGAGACAACUUCAAAGCUGAUGACGGGAAGACAUGGCUUUCAUCCACUUUCCAUCAUCCUCUCUCAAGAAUUUCUCCUUGUUCAAUUACUACUACUCCAGAAUUGAAGCUGGAAAACUUGAAGGUGCUCAAUCUUGGAGAUACAUUGUUUAGCCAACUCUCAGCGAUUGAGGUUUUAACUUCUCUGAAAGCGUUAUCUUUGAGAGCUAUUGGUACUAAUGAUUCCUCCAUUCUUCAAGGAAUUUGCAAUUUGAAGAAUCUCCAUGAACUUGAUCUGAGUUGGAAUGAAUUUAAUGGGUUUAUUCCUAUGUGCUUCAGCAACUUGACAUAUCUACGAUUUCUCGAUCUCUCUUAUAAUCAUUUUAGUGGGAACAUACCUGCAGCUCUCAUUGCUCCUCUCGUACACCUUGAGUAUAUCUCUCUCUCUGGUAACCUUUUUGGAGGUUCUUCUUCUUUCAGUUCUUUGGCCAACCAUUCGAGGCUUCAGGUGUUCAAAGUUGUAACUUUAAACAAUGAUUUACAAGUCGACACUGAAGAUCUUGCUCUUCCCCCACCAUUUCAGCUAAAGGUUCUCUAUUUAUCUGGUUGUAGCUUGAACAAUCGGACUCAAAGAAUCCCAAGUUUUCUACUCCAUCAGAAAGAGAUAUAUGUUCUUGAUCUUUCUUGCAAUAAGUUAGUUGGGGAGAUUCCCACUUGGUUGCUGGAAAAUAACACACAAUUCCAAUCUCUUAAUCUGCAGGAUAACUCUUUUAUGGGUUCGUUUCUAGUGGAUAGCUCUCCAAAAGUAAAUAUAAUCAUGUUAGACAUCUCAAACAAUGAGGUUAGUGGUCAGGUUCCUCACCAUAUGGGUUCAACUUUUCCAUCUCUGAGGAUCUUGAAUUUGUCAAGAAAUUACUUUGAAGGCAAUAUCCCCCAAUCACUAGGAAACUUGACAGAAAUAUGUUCAAUAGAUUUGUCUUAUAACAGGCUAUCAGGGGAAGUGCUAGAAGAAAUUGCAACUAGAUGCUCCUCGCUUAUGAACCUGGUAUUGUCGUAUAACAAUCUGGAUGGAAAUUUCCCUUCUACGUUCAUGAACAUUUCAAACCUAUACAUCCUUUAUUUGGAUAGUAACUAUUUCAUUGGGCGUAUAUCUUAUGCAUUAUCUCCUAGUGUAAGUGUAUGUUAUCUAGACUUUUCAUAUAAUAGUUCAAAGGGCAGAAUUCCUAGUUUGAUUGGAAAUUGUUCAUCAUUGAUAUCUCUUGAUAUGUCAGCCAACUUACUAGAAGGGAGCUUACCAGAUGCUAUAUGCAAACUUUCACAACUUGAAUUUUUAGACCUCUCCAAAAAUCAGUUGAUCGGACCUUUACCAGCUUGCUCCCAACUUACAUCAUUCAAGUUCCUAGACCUGCAUCACAACAUGAUCUCAGGUUCCAUCUUAACGAUGCUGUCUGGAAGCUUCAAUUUGAGGACACUUGAUUUGAGGAAUAACAAGCUAUCUGGUGGUAUACCUCGCUUUACUGAUAAACUUAAAAAGCUCAGCAAUAAAUUUUCUGGGCCACUACCUUCAUGCUUUAGUAACAUCUCUUUUGACACAGAUGCCUUUCUUACCAAUGGGAAGCUUAUUACAAAGGGAGACUCAAUGGGAUACAAUAAAUCUAAUUCCUUGGGUAUUGAGGAGUACACGUUUGACAUUUUGUUAGAUUCACCCAUGGAAGAAGAAGUGGAUUUCACAACAAAAAGUAGAGCAGAACGCUAUGCAGGGAAUAUAUUAAAUUUCAUGUCUGGACUUGAUUUGUCGUGUAACCAAUUGAUUGGAGCGAUUCCUCCUGAAUAUGGUGAUCUCAGACAUAUCCGGGCAUUAAAUUUAUCCCACAACUACUUGCAAGGAUCUAUUCCCUCAAGACUUUCCAUGUUGAACCAAAUAGAGAGCUUGGAUCUUUCUUACAACGAUUUGAGUGGUGAAAUACCUUCAGAGCUGGCAUAA